AAUAAGUCAAGACCUCAACAAGCAACUCCAUAAAGACCACCAGAAUAAGCUACAACAAUUGACACUGGAAAGAGAUGGCCUGAAGCGAAAACUUGAAAUACAAGAGAAAAGGUUGAAGACUGCAGUUUCUGAACAAAUGAACUACAGUGGACAUCUUUCAGAAAACAUUUUUGACCCUUGUCGAGAGUCAGAGCUCCUAAAUAUGUACCGAAGGCUGAAGAAGGAGAGCUGGCCCCACCUGAAAGACAGAGUUUUACAGUUUAAGGAAAGGAAACCAGUGCAGAUCAAUAGACUGGGUGCUACUAUUAUGAAGAGCUCUUUUGAAAAGUCACAAAAUGUUAUGAAGGAAAGAAUAGAGAACAUCAUGGCUUCCCUUGUUUUGGACUGUAGUAAGGAAUCAAAAGGAUCUGAAGCUAGAGGUGUUCUUGAAAAGGUCCAUGAAAACCAAAAAUUUCUACAAAUGAAAGUAUUGAGCUGCAACAUGAAUUUCUUAAUGGAAUCAGUUAAGGAUAUUUGCCAGUCUCAAAACCUGGGUGAGAAGGAAUUUUCUCUUUUCCAAGAAUUUGCAGCUGAAUGCUUCAGAGUGAGUGCACUAAUGUGUCUGCACAGUCCGGAGCUGCUGCCAUCCUGGGAGACUGAAGUCGAUGGCUUCAAUUUUAUUACAGGCUUAGAAGAAGAAAUGGUUAUUUUCCCAGCAAUUGCAAAUAAAAAACAAAUUGUGUGCCCUCCUGAAAUUGUUUCAUACAACUUAAGUGUAAGAAAAUAAAGUAAAUCACUAUAUCAUAUAGUAAUGUAAAAUAAAUAAAAUGCCAGAUGAUGUAUCAGGAUCUCACCUACUGUAAUGCAAUUUGUUGGUGUUAGUGGUGUUAGCCACAUUUUUCCCUGUGGAGCCAGCAAAGCUCCAUUUAAUCAUGUUAAAAAAAUUAUGAGAAAAGUUCAUAUUUGAAAGACCUCCAACUGGAGCCAACAAACAUGUAUUACUGCCACCUUGCUCUUCAAUGGAGGAGGUGGGAAGCCACAUUCCCUUUGACUUUUGAUAUG